AUGACGUCGCCAGCGAAUGGUCCAGAGCCGGUGACAGAGGCGAACUUGGCCAAGCUUAAUGGCAGCUCACCAACGUCAAGUGAUCAAGGCUCACAGGAUAUGCAAGCGGAGAAACAAAGCCAAGCACGCUCAGCAAAAACGAGUAUGACCUUUUCCCAACGCACAAUGGAAUCGAUGAAUUCAAUACUGGUUCGCUCACUUGUCGCCGUCAAUGCCGAACCAGAGCGAUUACCCACACAGAAACGAAAAAUGCCGCUAUCGCUCCCAACAACGGCACUCAACUUCCGUGGCUUCGUGCAAAAAUCCGGACCGGUUUUUGUGUUUCAAGAUAGUGUGGAAUCGACGCUCAUGUGGGACGACUGGCCAUGGACAACAAUGUGGAUGGGUAUUUGGGCUGUUGUUUCAUUGAAUCCACGCCUGCUUGUAUGCCUGCCUCCUGUGAUUGCUAUUACUAUCAUGUGCAAUACAUUCUUUAUCCGCUUCCCCAUACGUGAAGAUGACCGCAACUUAUCGCCGAGUGAUGCGCUGCGAAAAUCUCUUCACAUGCCGGAUCUUUUUCAAGCUGAGCCUCAGGCCCCGCCGAUCGAACCGCGGCCCGUCAUGGAGAACGACAUCAAGUAUCUGAUGCAUAUGCGUGAUAUUCAAAAUAUGAUGCGCCUCAUAAUCGAUGGCUACGACCACAUAUCACCUGUGGUCAAAUACUUGAAUUGGUCAGAUGUGCGACGCACGCUGCGUAUAUUUCAAGCAUGCAUUGUUCUAUUGUUGGUCACCUACUUCAUCGCUCCACUAAUCCCGUGGCGAUUGGUUUUGUUCUUCGGUGGCGAGUUGGCUCUGGUAGCACACCACCCUUGGCUCAAGCCAGCUAUCGAGGCGAUCAAGAAACAGUCUAAUGAAACUCCUGGUAAAUAUCAGCGCGCUCAACGUCAGCACCGUUUAAAACAACGCCUCAUCGACAUACUUGACGAAGAUCGCUUGCCUGAAUAUGUCUGGCAGCGCGGAUGGAAAGAUGUCGAAUUAUUCGAGAACCAACGCCUUCAGCUGGAUCGUCGUGGCGGAGCCGAUGAGUCGCGAUGGAGUGCACAGAAUCUGCUGUGUGGCGAGCGACGUCCUUGGACGCGCGGUAGUGAUGGAUUCUCUGCCGAAGGUAAUUCGCCCCCUGAAUAUGAGUUACAUGCCGAGGAUGUAAACUACGAGCUUGAGUCAGGCUAUGAAUGGAUCGAGGGAGAGUCAUGGCGAAUUGAUUGGGGUGGUGCUUGGAGCCCUGUCGGUGUGGAUGAUGCCGGCUAUGUAUAUACAGACUCGUCCUGGCGCCAUGCAGCCCCAUAUGCCUAUGGUGUCGAUCCAGCUAUGCCCACAUCGCCUACGCGAUGGAAAGAUGAGGAACUAGACGAAGACCAUCAGCUAGAGGAAGAUCCAUCCCCUUCUAUGCGUGCAUUGACACGACGUAGGCGUUGGCUUCGUCGUGCCGUUCGGGUCGAACCGCCGAUCGAAAAUCUGCCGGAAGACGAGUCGACGAGAUAA